AUGUUCCUCCAAGCACGAAAGACGCAGACGCAAUUUCACGGGUAUUCGGUCGAGUUCAGCCCAUUUGUAGAUACUUUAGUAGCAGUCGGAACGGCGCAAUACUUUGGUAUUGUAGGUAAUGGACGACAAUAUGUGUACGAGAUGUUGCCAGAAGGAGGUUUAACACCCAUUCGAGCUUUUGAUACACCCCAGGGCGUAUACGACUGUGCGUGGAGUGAGAACCAUGGACAAGAGCUAGUGACCUCUUGUGCCGAUGGAUCCGUGAAGCUUUGGCAUUUGGAGACACGAGACCAGUUUCCAAUUCAAAACUACCAUGAACACAAGCACGAAGUGUCCGGAGUCAACUGGAAUCUGGUUGCAAAAGAUUCGUUCGCUUCGGCGUCGUGGGACGGCAGUAUCAAGAUCUGGAAGCCAGAGGUGCCCCAUUCAGUGUUGACACUUAGUGAACACUCUAGUGCUGUGUACAAUGCAGUGUGGAGCACGCAAGAUAACUCACUUGUCGCUUCGUGUUCGGGAGAUGGCACAGUGAAGAUCUGGGACCUCAAUAGCGGACGUGCUAUCACUACCAUUGCUGCACAUGGCAAUGAAGUGCUUGCUUUAGACUGGAACAAGUACAACCAAUUUGAAGUAGUGUCUGGAUCGACCGACUGUUCUAUCAAAGUUUGGGACAUUCGAAACUUGGCACGUGAAGUGCGGAUGUUUCCAGGACAUAAUUAUGCCGUGAAAAAGAUCAAGUGCUCGCCUCAUGAUCCAGACGUGAUCGCAUCGGUGUCGUAUGACAUGUCGGUUGGAAUCUGGAAUACCAAACCACCAUAUCCGAGACUUCAGAACGCGCAACACCACAGUGAAUUCGUCUUUGGCUUUGACUUUAGCCUCUUUGUAGAUGGUCUAGUGGCUUCAUGUUCGUGGGAUCGACAAGCAGUCGUGUGGAACUACUUUGGUGGCCCACCGUCGUCGCCGUGUUAA